AUGUUCGCAAUGUGGAAUCGCUUUGAAGUAUGCAGUUGGCUGGAGUUUCGCACCGGUCGCUGGCCAAACCAGUCUCUUAGGGCAUUGCCCAAGGAAGCUGUUGAGAUUGCCCAUGUCCAGAACAAUUGGUGUCCAUGCUCCAAUAAUGUAUGGUGCAAUGUCAACAUCCAGUGCCUUGAAAGGUAUCAGACCAAUGAUAAUCUGAUGUAA